GAAAGGCCGAGCGGGCCCGGCACGGCCCCGUGCCGCGCCCGCCGGAGCCGCCGCUCGCCAUGGGCUCCCGCCUGUCCCUGGACGGCUCCGUGCGAGUCGUGGUGGUCGGGGGCGGCUUCGGAGGGACGGCGGCCGCCAGCCUGCUCAAGUCCUGGGCCGUCCCCUUCGUGCUGGUGGACGUGAGAGAUGCUUUCCACCACAACGUGGCCGCGCUCCGGGCCGCCGUGGAGAGCGGAUUUGCCAAGAAGACUUUCAUCUCCUACUCGGUCACCUUUGGGGACAACUUCAGACAAGGCAAGGUCGUGGCCAUAGACCCUGGGAGGCAACAAGUUGUGCUCAGUGAUGGUGAGGAGCUUCACUACUCCCAUCUCAUUCUUGCAACAGGCAGUGAUGGGCCAUUCCCUGGGAAGUUCAACCAAGUCAUUGACAUGGAAAGUGCCAUCCAGACCUAUGAAGACAUGGUUAAAGAGAUUGAGAAAUCUCAGCGCAUCCUGGUAGUGGGAGGUGGUGCUGCUGGAGUGGAGAUGGCUGCCGAGAUCAAAACGGAGUACCCGGGCAAAGAGAUCAUCCUCAUUCACUCAAAAAAUGCACUGGCUGAUGUGGAGCUGCUACCCAGUGUCCGUCAGGUGGUGAAAGAGAUUCUCCUCAGGAAAGGAGUCCAGCUUCUGUUAAGUGAAAAGGUCAGCGACAUAGAAAACCUGAGGCCAAACCAGUUCCAGAAAGACAUGGUAGUGAGGACAGAGAAGGGCACCGAGGUUGUUGUUGACAUGGUGGUGCUGUGCACAGGGAUAAAGAUUAACUCUUCUGCAUAUGCUGCUGCAUUUGGUGACAAAAUGGCAAGUAAUGGUGCUUUGAAAGUUAACAAGCACCUCCAGCUGGAAGGCUACGAGAACAUCUAUGCCAUUGGGGACUGUGCAGAUCUCAAAGAGCCCAAGAUGGCCUACCAUGCUGGGCUCCAUGCCAACGUGGUGGUGACAAAUAUCAUCAACAGCCUGACACAGAAGCCUCUCAAAACCUAUGAGCCAGGGUCACUAACAUUCCUGCUUUCCAUGGGCAGGAAUGAUGGUGUAGGCCAGGUGAAUGGUUACUAUGUGGGACGUCUCCUGGUGACCAUUGCCAAGAGCCGGGAUCUGUUUGUCUCCAAAAGCUGGAGGACGAUGGGACAGACAAUGCCCUCCUGACAGGGCACCAGCAACAAUCCAGCAAGGAAUACAGCAACUGCAAGAGGGUGAGGGUGCACAUCUAUUGCUUGGUCUGACUUAUACUGUCCUCUCCAGCACUUCCUCAGGCCAUCUGGCACCACCUGCCUUGCUGUGAAGGGGCAGGAGGCACUUCCCAAGUGAGCUGUACAGAAGUUCCCACAAUAAAAAUCAGAGAAGAAAUGUUUCUGUUACUCCCUCGCUGAGAGAGCUCUGAGCAACAAGCUUGGCUUACCUUGAUUUGUAACAAUAAACACUGUGGCAUUCAGAAUA